GAUGAAAGUUCCCCAAUCUCCUGUGCUGUGGGUCCACCCAGGAUAUGGCUUUUUCAGCACAUCAGAUUAGAGCCUGUGCAGGCCCCUCACCAGAGUGGGAGGUGCCCUGUGCAGGAGGAAGGCUGUUUGUGCCCACACUGGUAACAGGGACCCUUGGAGAAGAGUGAUCCUCCUGCAGAGAUGAAGAAUGGCCAAGGGAGAGUCAGUCCUGGAAGUGCAGCCCCAGCAGAAGAGAGAGGCUGCUCCUGGCUGAACAUCUGGGUCUUCCUUAUUUUUACUCUUGCAAUCAAAGCUGCCAUUGGGACUUUGUGCCUCUGGCUUGUGGUUCCCUUCUGCCACAGCAGUGACCAGCCCUCAGCCCUGCAGCAGCAGUUCUCGGAGUGGGAGUGCGGCUCAGCGGUGCCACAAGGCACAGACCGAGGCUGGAUGUGCUGCCCAAAGGGCUGGAGAAGGUUUCAAGGAAGCUGCUAUUUCCUGUCCACUGACACCAUGAACUGUGCUGAGAGUGCACGGAACUGCACUGGGAUGGGCUCCCAGCUGGUGGUGAUCACCAGCAAGGCAGAGCAGGAAUUCCUCACUGAGCAGGGAACUCAUCCUCUGAAAGAAAUUAAUUUUUACAUUGGUUUGUUUGAGUAUGAUGUGGGCCAGUGGCAGUGGGUGGACAAGACUCCCUACAAUGAGACAGCAGCGUUCUGGCGAAACGGGGAACCAAGUCCAGACCCUAAUGAGAACUGCACAGUAAUGCAUUUGCCUGAAGGGACCCACAAAAACUGGAAUGAUGUCAGACCAUAUGAAUGGCAUUAUCGAAUUUGUGAAGCUGCAGCAGUAACUGUGUGAUGGAAAUGCCCCUGUCCUGAGUAAAGCUGGGAGCUCAGCAGGGAGCUGGGAACAGCUCUGGCUGUGCUGGGAAGGGUGGGGAGCUCUGACACAUCUUCACUGUGUGGGGUGGGACCACGUGUGUGGAAAUGAAAUGAGCUUUGUCCAGCAUCCCCAGUGCAUGUGCUGGCUCAGGGAACACAGGGAGGCUCAGGCUCUUUGGAGCAUCUCCUGUGUUCUUGAGUCCUCUUCUCUCUAUGUGGUUCCAGCAGCCUCUGGCUGAUAAGAGAUGGACUUCUCCAGGAGGAAGGCACUGGAAUUGAAGGCAGUUACCAGAUAUUCAAUGUUUUUUGUCUCCUUGAGCAGAGCUAUUUGCUUUUUGUUGAGUCACACACAAAAUGUCCUCUAGCUGUACUGGUUUUCCUGAACAAAUUCUGAAAUCUUAGAAAGAGAAAA